UUCCUUUUUCUGUUCACUUUUAGCUGGUCUUUGUGAUUUGCUUGGUUGGUUUUUGCUUAUUUCCCUGCACUUGUUUUGCUUUUUAGCUUCUGGGUCUUUGUGGGGUUUUGAAUCCAGAGAAGUGGGUCUUCUUUAUUUGAGAUCUGUGUGUGCCUUUCUUCUUUACCUUGUUGCUAUCUUCUUCCUUUUUGAGUUUUGGUUAGUUUUUUAAGAGUUAUUAGAGAAACUGCAUUGGUUCUUCUUGAAUUGAUUGCUCUUUGUUUUUCACUAUUAGUAGAAAGUUUCAAUAUUUUCAUGAAAAAGGAUCGUCAUUUUAAGGUAAUCUACAACUCUACUAUUUACUGAUCUGAAGAUGAAAGUAAGUAGGAGUGCUUGUGGACAGAUCACACUUGGAGCUGAGUAAUGGGUUUUCCCAUUCUGAUCUAUGUGACAAAUUUUCUUUCUUUCAAUGGCAUCAAAACCCAGUACCAGAACUUCCCCAGAAAAGCAUAGAAAAGGCACUAGUAAUCAGACACCGGAAGGAAAAUCCCGCAGGCCCUCACCCUUACAGAUUACGAAGACAAGUAAAUCAGAGCCUGUUACCCCCAAAAAACCGCCUCCUAGUGUUCAACAAAUUGCAUCAAAACCAGAUUCUGUACUGCUGACAGUGACAGAUGACAAGAAAUCACUGAUUUCUCAUAAAUCAGAUAAUGUUAGUUUUUUAGCCGAUAAGGUAUCUUCAGGUUUGGCCCUUGUUGAUCUUAAACAAGGGCCAACAUGUGUGGGUCCUGAAGUGAGUGAUGUUAGGGACUCACCAGAAACUAGUACUGAUCAAGAAAGUAAAAGUUUGCAGCAAGAAGUUAACCUUACUUCAGCUAAGGUUAGUGAUGGGACCAAUAGCCUUGCAAAGACUAGUGGAAGUGCCAAAGUUAGUGAACAAGCUGAUUUUGUUGAGAGUGGGAAAAGUAGUGUGAAUAGAGGAAGCACGAGUAGUGAUGUGAGUGAUGAAAGCACAUGUAGCAGCUUGAGUAGCAGUGUCAAUAAACCUCACAAAGCCAAUGAUGUGCGAUGGGAAGCAAUUCAAGCUGUACGUGCAAAAGAUGGUGUGUUGGGUGUAAACCAUUUUAGACUGCUUAAGAGGUUGGGAUGUGGGGACAUUGGAAGUGUGUAUCUCUCAGAGUUGAGUGGAACAAAAUGUUAUUUUGCCAUGAAGGUUAUGGAUAAAGCAUCUUUAGCAAGUCGUAAGAAACUUCUUCGAGCUCAAACAGAGAGAGAAAUACUGCAAUGUUUGGACCACCCCUUCCUUCCGACUUUAUAUACCCAUUUUGAGACUGACAAGUUCUCAUGCUUGGUUAUGGAGUUCUGUCCUGGUGGCGACUUGCACACACUUCGACAAAGGCAACCAGGAAAGCAUUUUUCUGAACGGGCAGUAAAGUUCUAUGUAGCUGAGGUUCUUCUUGCUCUGGAAUACCUGCAUAUGCUUGGAAUUGUUUAUCGUGACCUUAAGCCAGAAAAUGUCCUUGUCCGUGAAGAUGGACAUAUAAUGCUUUCUGACUUUGACCUUUCCCUCCGCUGUGCAGUAAGCCCAACAUUAGUAAAGUCUUCAGCACCUGAAGGUGAUCCAUUGCGGAAGAACCCAGCUUAUUGUGUUCAGCCAGCUUGCAUUGAGCCAUCUUGUAUCCAGCCAUCAUGUGUGGCCCCUACGACAUGUUUUUCCCCUCGACUCUUUCUAAGCAAAUCCAGGAAAGACCGGAAACCAAAGAAUGAAAUGGGGAACCAAGUCACUCCAUUGCCAGAGCUUAUUGCUGAACCAACUGAUGCUCGCUCAAUGUCCUUUGUAGGAACACAUGAAUACCUGGCCCCUGAAAUCAUCAAAGGUGAAGGGCAUGGAAGUGCUGUAGAUUGGUGGACUUUUGGUAUUUUUUUGUACGAACUACUCUUUGGUAAAACUCCUUUCAAGGGAUCUGGUAAUAGGGCCACCCUGUUCAAUGUUGUGGGUCAGCCACUGCGAUUUCCCGAGUCACCUAUUGUCAGUUUCUCAGCAAGGGAUCUGAUAAGGGGCUUGUUAGUGAAAGAGCCACAGCAUAGGUUGGCGUAUAAACGAGGAGCCACAGAGAUCAAACAACAUCCUUUCUUUGAAGGUGUAAAUUGGGCAUUGAUUCGUUGUGCAAGCCCACCUGAGAUCCCUAAGCUGCCUGAGAUAGAGCAGAUUCGGGCUCCACCAUCAACUAGUGGUAAAGGUGUACCUACAGUCCUUCCUGAGCAGAAUAAUUAUCUGGAGUUUGAUUUCUUUUAGCUGUCUUAAACUGAUUCUUCUAUUUGUUCUUUUCACUUUUCUUGCACUACAGCCAAUAUGUAGAGUCUCUAGAACAUUGAAGUUGUGGAAAUUAGGGUUUCUUCAAUUGAUAUUAGUCAUAUUGUUCGAUGUUGCUAUUGAACAUUUCCCAUAUUUGUAUCGAAGGAAGUUGAAUAUCUGAAAUUGUGAAUGCUCUCAAUGUACAACAUGGAUUUGGUUUCUUCUUAAAGUAAAUAUAGGAUUCUGCUAUUUUGAUA